UCCAAGCGGCAGCUCGAGCUCGGCUCUCGACGCGGCGUGGUGGAUCUAACUGAUAUUUGAGGUCAAUUUGCUUUGUAGUCUGUGCUGAAGUAUGACUCGAACUCAUUCCUAAACUCCUUUCUCCUCUCCACUCCUUUUUUACGUACCCCAUGUCUACUCCCCCUUGCUCUGUUGCUACGUCGAGGCCCUGCCCUUUCUGUGUGAUUCCGCCGACCGGCUUCCUGUGUUUGUGCGACUUCAAGCUCGAUCUUGCGGGGAGAGAAUCGGGACCCAAGGCUAGGCUAGCCUGCCACCUCAACAUGGAGUAGUUUUGUCUCGACAACAAAAGUAGAGCAUUGCCGUGAAUCAUCAUCGGCACUUUUUACACUGUCGAAGGAGCGGCCGCAAAUGAGGAGAGACGGCUUCGAGCAUACCCUGACAGUGUAACGGAAGGAUAGACAUUUCGAUUUUUAUUUAUUAUUAAAAAGAUGGCGAACGACUCCCCGGCUAAAAGUCUGGUAGACAUAGAUCUCUCCUCACUGCGGGACCCUGCCGGGAUUUUUGAAUUGGUGGAAGUAGUAGGAAAUGGAACCUAUGGACAAGUAUACAAGGGCCGACAUGUCAAGACCGGUCAGCUCGCGGCCAUCAAGGUCAUGGACGUCACAGAGGACGAGGAGGAGGAGAUUAAACUGGAGAUCAACAUGCUGAAGAAGUACAGCCACCACCGGAACAUCGCCACCUACUACGGAGCCUUCAUCAAGAAGAGCCCACCGGGGAACGACGACCAGCUAUGGCUGGUGAUGGAGUUCUGUGGUGCGGGUUCCAUCACAGACCUGGUGAAGAACACUAAGGGCAACACGCUGAAGGAGGACUGGAUCGCCUACAUCUCCAGAGAGAUUCUCAGGGGUCUGGCCCAUCUGCACGCCCACCACGUCAUCCACAGAGACAUCAAGGGCCAGAACGUCCUGCUCACCGAGAAUGCAGAGGUCAAGCUGGUGGACUUUGGCGUGAGUGCACAGCUGGAUAGGACAGUGGGGCGGAGGAACACCUUCAUCGGAACACCCUAUUGGAUGGCUCCAGAGGUCAUCGCCUGCGACGAGAACCCAGACGCCACCUACGACUACAGGAGUGACUUGUGGUCGUGUGGUAUUACAGCCAUAGAGAUGGCAGAGGGGGCCCCGCCGCUGUGUGACAUGCACCCGAUGAGAGCGCUCUUCCUCAUUCCCAGAAACCCACCGCCUAGACUCAAGUCCAAGAAAUGGUCUAAGAAGUUCUUCAGCUUCAUCGAGAGCUGCCUGGUGAAGAACUACACCCAGCGGCCCCCCACGGACCAGCUGCUGAAGCACCCCUUCAUCCGCGACCAGCCCAACGAGAGGCAGGUGCGCAUCCAGCUCAAGGACCACAUCGACCGCACGCGCAAGAAGAGGGGAGAGAAGGAUGAGACGGAGUACGAGUACAGUGGCAGUGAGGAGGAAGAGGAGGAUCCCCCAGAGGCCGAGGGAGAGCCCAGCUCCAUCGUGAACGUGCCGGGUGAGUCGACGCUGCGUCGGGACUUCAUCCGCCUGCAGCAGGAGAACAAGGAGCGCUCGGAGGCGCUGAGGAGGCAGCAGCUCCUGCAGGAGCAGCAGCUGAGGGAGCAGGAGGAGUACAAGCGCCAACUACUGGCCGAACGCCAGAAGCGCAUCGAGCAGCAGAAGGAGCAGAGGAGGCGGCUCGAGGAGCAACAGCGGCGGGAGCGCGAGAUGAGGAGGCAACAGGAGCGCGAGCAGAGGAGGAGAGAGCAGGAGGAGAAGAGGAGGAUGGAGGAGAUGGAGCGCCGCCGCAAAGAGGAGGAGGACCGGCGGAGGGCCGAGGACGAGAAGAGAAGGAACGACCGCGAGCAGGAGUAUAUUCGGCGUCAGCUGGAGGAGGAGCAGCGGCAUCUGGAGAUUCUUCAACAGCAGCUUCUUCAUGAGCAGGCCAUGCUGCUGGAGUUCAAGUGGAAGGAGCUGGAGGAGCAGCGCAAGGCAGAGCGGCUGAAGAGGCAGCUGAGGCAGGAACAGGCCUACCUGCUCUCCCUCCAGCAGCAGAGCCAGCAGCCAAGCCAGCAGGCAAACCAGCAGCAGCAGCAACCACAGCCACCGCAGCCGGGCCACGACUGGACCAGAACCCCAGUCACGCGCCUCAAAGACAUCCCCCGACUCGCUCAGUCUAACCUCCAAACCCCGAUCUCAGACGAUGCUAGCAGCCUGAACCAGGCGGCGUCCCAAACCCAACCCCCAGCCCCAGCUCUGCCUCUGCCACCUGUACCCGUGGCCGAGUCCCCCAAAGCCGUAGAUGUAGAGAGGCGGCCUUCUUGGGAGCCUGUUCUUCAGUCACAGACGGUGGCCCUUGCUGAUAGCUGUAUCCCAGUGCAGGUCGAGCAGUGUGUGGAUGAGGGAGUCGCAGAGGGCCGUAGUCGUACCCCACCCACCACCAGCGUUAGCAUCGACCUCAGCUCUCCGUUGCUGCUGCUGGACGCCCCAGACAGGUCCACACCCCCUCUACCAGCCCCGCCCACUGAGUCAAACGGCACCGCCCCCUCUGCAGAGGAGGAUGGAGAGGCUGACGAUCGCUUCCGCAAGAACGUGCAGGGCUCCCCCCAGACUGCCCCUCCAAACAAGCAACCCCCCGUCCCUCCCCGUGCCGAACCCUUCUCCAACGGAAGCUCCUCCGAUGCCAUGCACAGGCCCAUGGAACCCCAGGUGCAGUGGUCACAGCUGGCCGCUCUUAAGAGCAACGCCGCGCCCCCCGUCUCUCGCUCGCACUCGUUCAGCGACCCCAUCCCCAGUCUGUCCCACCUCCACCUCCGCUCUCAGGACCCCGCCAACCACCACCCCAGCCAGCAGCAGCAGCACCACCAGCACCACCCUCCUCCGCCACGCUCUGACCUCCCCCAGCCCCCGCACGCUCCGCCACGGGCCCACGAGGCCCUGGAGCAGGGCCUGGACGAGGAGGUGCCCCCCCGGGUUCCUGUGCGGACGACGUCCAGAUCACCGGUGCUGUCACGUAGAGAUUCACCUCACCAGGCUGGGGGCCAGCACCCUGGGCAGUCCAGGACAGUUGCCGGCACUGCUGAGCCGCGGCUGCUGUGGGAGCGUGUGGAGAAGUUGGCCCCUCGACCCGGCAGCGGCAGCUCCUCUGGAUCCUCCGGCUCACAGACCACCCACAACACCUCAGGAGACAAGUUCAGAGCACGCUCUUCCUCCAAGUCUGAGGGCUCUCCCAUGCAGCGUCCAGAGCACACUGGCAAGAAGACUGAGGACAAGAAGGACUUUGUCAGACCUACCCGCCCUGCUGACCUGACGGCGCUGGCGAAGGAGCUGCGUGCGGUGGAGGAGGUGCCGCGUCCCCACAAGGUGACCGACUACUCCUCCUCCAGCGAGGACUCAGCCACGAGCGAUGAGGAGGAGGUGGAGCAGGAGCCCGGCGACGAGUCCACAUCCGGCACAGAGGACUUGCACAGGGCCGGCUCUUCCAAGCUUAGCAAUGGUGAAACAGAAUCUGUGAAGUCCAUGAUUGUGCAUGACGAACCUGAGAGCGACAUUGCCACCACACCCUGCAAAGACGGCACUUUAAUCGUCCGACAGAGUGCAAGUGAGCUCAAGCGGCUGGCGGCCGCCACUGCCGCAGCCAGCGGGGGCUCCACGGCCCGGGCGGUCAACAAGCCGGGGGGCCCCCCCACGGGCAGCUCUCCCCACGAGCGCAACGGCUACGCGGGGCACGCGGGCCCCCACGGGGGGCGGGCCGCGCACCUCCUCCCCGACCUCCUGCAGCAGAGUCACCACUCCCCCAACUCCUCCAUGGCCUCCGGCUCCCCCUCCUCCUCCUCCUCCUCCAGCCACGCCAGCCCCUCCCUCUCCAUGUCCCCCCUCACCUCCCUGGAGAUGUUCGUUGCCGGCGAGAGCCAGUCGGCCAGUAACACGCUGCAGAAACACAAGUCCUCCUCCUCCUUCACCCCCUUCAUCGACCCACGCCUGCUGCAGAUAUCGCCCUCUAGUGGCUCCUCACUCAACCAAAUCGCGAGUUUCGGCGGUGACGUGCGGCUCCCUGACCCGUCCCGUAAGGGCUCAGUGGUGAACGUCAACCCGGUCAACACGCGCCCCCAGAGCGACACGCCCGAGAUCCGCAAGUACAAGAAGAGGUUCAACUCGGAGAUCCUCUGCGCCGCGCUGUGGGGAGUGAACCUGCUGGUUGGCACGGAGUCUGGUCUGAUGCUGCUGGACCGUAGUGGCCAGGGGAAGGUCUAUCCCCUCAUCAACCGCAGACGCUUCCAGCAGAUGGACGUGCUGGAGGGACUCAACGUGCUCGUCACCAUAUCAGGAAAGAAGAACAAGCUGCGAGUGUACUACCUGUCCUGGCUGAGGAACAAGAUCCUGCACAACGACCCCGAGGUGGAGAAGAAGCAGGGCUGGGUCAACGUGGGAGACCUGGAGGGAUGCGUGCACUACAAAGUUGUGAAAUAUGAAAGAAUCAAGUUCUUGGUCCUUGCCUUGAAGAAUGCUGUGGAGGUGUACGCGUGGGCACCUAAGCCCUACCACAAGUUCAUGGCCUUCAAGUCGUUUGGUGACCUGGUGCACAAGCCUCUGCUGGUGGACCUGACGGUGGAGGAAGGCCAGAGGUUAAAGGUCAUCUAUGGCUCCUACUCGGGAUUCCACGCCGUCGACGUCGACUCCGGAGCUGUUUACGACAUCUACCUGCCCACACAUAUCCAGACCAGUAUCCAGUCCCAUGCCAUCAUCAUCCUGCCCAACACGGACGGCAUCGAGCUGCUGGUGUGCUACGAGGACGAGGGCGUGUACGUCAACACCUAUGGCCGCAUCACCAAGGAUGUGGUGCUGCAGUGGGGAGAGAUGCCCACCUCUGUUGCGUACAUCCGCUCCAAUCAGAUCAUGGGCUGGGGUGAGAAGGCCAUAGAGAUUCGCUCGGUGGAGACGGGCCACCUGGACGGGGUCUUCAUGCACAAGCGUGCCCAGAGGCUCAAGUUCCUGUGCGAGCGCAAUGACAAGGUGUUCUUUGCAUCGGUGCGUUCUGGCGGCUCCAGCCAGGUGUACUUCAUGACACUGGGCCGCAGUAACCUGCUCAGCUGGUAGAGGGCGGGAGCGAGCAAGUCGACAGGAAACGAAAUGACACUUCACACCAACCCCCGAGAUCCCCACGCACCACUGUAUGCCAACACCACCCACUGACGUCUACAUCCAUGACUACAACGACAACGAUGAUGGUGAUGAUGAUGAUUAUGGCAAUGAUGACGACGAUGAUGAUGAUGAAGAUGAUGUUGAUGACGACUACAGAAAUUAAACAACGUGCCAGAACUGGAGCCACUUGUUAGUGUUGUAGCAAACAAGGCGGCCCAGCGAGAGAGACAGAGAGAGAAAAAAAAACCCGUUAUGGAGGGCUGUGACAACUCUUCCAGCCAAAGACUUUGAGAUUCAACUUUCUAGACAAGUGUUCUCCUUAAAAGAGGGUGAAACUGAAGCUGCAGUUUAGGAGGCAGGAAAGCUGUAGAGGAGGAAGUUCUUGUCAUGUGAUUGGGUUAGACGGCGAACACCCCCCCCCCUACCCCACACCUACACCUCCUCCUGAUGACAAAAAAAAAAAAAACUGGCUUCGUCCAAUCAGGGUUUUGACUCUGGGUUUAAGACCCCGCCUCUCUUUCAAAUCCUGGCCAGUCAGGAGGCUCUUUUUAGUAUAUAUACACGUGUCUAUCACUUGGAUUGGCGGCCAAUGGCUGGGGUUUGUGUGUGUCAGAAGAGGGGGAUGAAGGGAGGGGGUAGAGGGAUGAGAGACGGGGAGGGGGGGUCAUUGGGGCCCUGUUAUUUCCAUUGAGCCCUGUUCUUACCUGACAGAACUCAAUCAAGUAUCAUACUGUAUAUUCUACAGGCCUACGUGUUGUUGUUUUUUUUGUUUUUGUUGUUUUUUUUCUCUUGUUUUGUUUUUUAACCACAUAGAAGUGUUUAUUUGAGCCUCUGCUGAGAUGGGCGGCCCAUAUGGUUAUUAUUAUUAUAGUAUAUAAUAUGCUCCGGUUGGGAUUGGGCUGGACCAGACACACCAGGUGCUAUAACCUGCUCUCUCUGGUGCCGAUUGCAGUGUGUGUGAGAGAAUCAAGGAAGGACAAAGAUAAGAGAGAGGGAUUGUAGAAUGUGUGAAGAUUUAAACGAGUGCCGAUAAUGGACAGAGUUGUUUUUUUGGUGGGGUUGGGGUGGGGGUAAAUGGACGAAUGAAGGACAUGUUUGCUUGGGGGUGUGUUUCUUUUUUACAUAAAGUUUUGUUUUUAAGACGUGAAAGGGAUGAACAAACAUUGGAUCAGGCAUGCACAUGAGCACCCAUUGGACCUAACUCGCACACAGACACACACACACACACAGCAGGAUUCCAUACUGAGCAAUUGUCUUCACAGAAGACAUUCCGUUUUGUUUUAUUUUUCUUUCCCACCAUUGUAAGCCUGUUUAAUCUGCCAAAUGUAGGCGUCAGAACUGUAAACGUCUCUUGUUGAACAUAGAAGUCUCUCAUAAUGGAAAUAAAUCAUGUGCGUGCGUCUGUGUGUGCGUGCGCGUGCAUGCUUGCGUGCAUGCUCGCGUGCAUGUGUGCAGCGUGUAUACAGCUUGUGUGUGUUUGUACCCGUGUGUUGUGUUUGAUGCCCUUGGCCAAUCAUAUCUUAUCCCUCCAGGUGUUGGUGUGUGUGUGUGUGUGUGUGUG